GUUUCAUUUCCGUCCUGCGCUCCGCCUCGGCUGGCUGUUCUCCGUGACACAGAGCGCAGUCCGGUUUCCGGUGGAGGGAGACGACAUGGCGUUGUUGAUGCGCGCGUGUACUCUCUUGGUGCAGCUCGUGACGCUUCCGUUGGUGAUCGCGGAGGUGGUCGGGCUCUACAAACUCUACAAGCGCUUUUUCCCCUUCCUCAUGUACAAGAUCUCCGCUAACUACAACGUGAAGAUGAAGGAGCAGAAGCGCGAGCUGUUCCGCGGCCUGGCUCGGUUCAGUCCGCCUCGCGGGCCUCUGCGCGUGUUGGAGAUCGGAUGCGGGAGCGGAGCCAACUUCGAGCACUAUCCAGCAGGCUGCAAGAUCACGUGCACAGACCCGAACCCGCACUUCGAGCAGUACCUGCAGAAGAGCAUGAAGAUCAGCGAACACCUGAACUAUGACAGGUUCAUGGUGGCGCCUGCUGAGGACCUGCGGCAGGUAGAGGACGGUUCUCUGGAUGUGGUGGUGUGCACGCUGGUUCUGUGUACCGUUCAGAACCCAGACAAGGUGCUGCAGGAGGUCAAGAGGAUACUCAGAGAGGGUGGAGCCUUUUUCUUUAUGGAGCACGUGGUGGCUGAAGAAUCCAGCUGGACCUACUUUUUUCAGCAUGUUCUUCAGCCUUUCUGGUACUAUUGCGGAGACGGCUGUGAGAUGAACCGUGCGACCUGGCUGAACAUGGAACAAGCCGGGUUCUCCGAGCUGCAGCUCCGUCACAUCCAGGCUCCUAUUUCUGCUCUCAUUAAGCCACACAUCAUGGGAUAUGCUGUGAAAUAACCACACACACACAGCUUCUUGGCAUCAUUGGUAGCUUCAUCCACAUGAUGAAAAACAGCUCAAGCUCCACCCAUUUUGUUGAUUGUUGCUCAGUGGGCAGAGUCCAACACAGUUUUAAAUUAGAUUUACUUUUCUCUAACCUACACCUACCAAAUAAUUUUAAUAUUAAUAAAUAUCUUUGUACAAUA